AGAGUGUUUACCACCAUUCAGUUGUCCGCCAGUAUCUGCAGUGGGUUGUUGGCCCAGUGAGAUUGCUUUACAAUUCAAAAAAAAAAUUAAAAAUUAAAACAACAAAAAUUCGAGAGAAUCAAAACAACAAAAUAAAAAAAAUAUUCAAACAACAAUAAAAAGAAGAAAACAGCAGCAUUUCUGUGAUACCAAUCCAAAGUUGUCAGAUUUUCCAAGUUCGAUGUCUGCCUAAAAACCAAAUAGCGAGCAAAAAAAAAAACACAAAUAAUAGGUCGCUCAAACAGAGAAAGACAGUCGGAAAAAACCAAAAAGACAUCCCAAAACAUAAAAAUUUGUGAAAAUUCAACAAAAACGCGUUGGUCUCUGUGAAGUUGGAUGGGUGCUAGCGAAACAAGUUUGCCAAUAGUUUGUCUGUGGUCCAAAGCAAAAUCCACGAAAAGCCUCAAAACUCUAUACCCAAACCUACUACUACACCCCCUCUCUUGACGCCACCAAAGGCCAAUUGCUGAAACUGACUACUGGCUGACUGAUGAGGGGAGUUUGGCCCCAAAAAAGCAUUGCUUCGAUUUUAAACAAAAGUUGUUUGUUUUUUUUUUUUUUUUUUUUGUUUAAUCCCAAAAAUUCUAAAUAAUAAUGCGACUACUUGACUACUAAGUCCACAUAAGUGCCAUUUGUUAUUGUAUUUGUUGAUGUUUGUUCUAGUUCCAAAUUAAGUGAAGUGCUGUUCGAGUGAGUGCUGAUUGUGUUGGUGGUGCUUCAAAAUAAAUCCCUAUAUCUUAAUGCUUGAUGUAGAAAAAAAGCUACGAGCAACGUAGUGCAGUGCAAAGAUAAAAAUUGGUGAAAAAACACGAUAAAAAAGUUAAAAACAAGAAAAUUAGUCGCAGCACUCUAAAUUAUACAAGAAAAAAAAAACAAAAAUAAAUAUAUAUAAGAAACAGGCACUGACAGCGGCAGAUAGCAACAUUUCCAGUCCCAAACAGCAGUGUUUUUAGCAGUGGAAACAACACAAAAUCAAAAUACAGCAAAGACAGCCAACUAGCCGACAGCUGAAAACUUUAUCAUCAUAAAACGACAACAUUUGCUGGAGAAGGUUGACGUUUUUAUGAAAUUUUCUCUAAAGACUUAGUUCAGCAAACUUUUGUCUAAAGCCUUUCCAGAAUACUGGCGACAUUGGCAGCGAAAAGUUGACAAAUUUUACAUCGAAGUCUUGGAAAGUCUUUUUGCGCAACGGAACAAAGAACCACUGAGACAGAGAAAUUGUGAGAGACAGGAAACACGAGAGUUAAUAAAAGAAAAGCGUUGAACAACAAAAAGAAAACAUCAAAAGACCAAUGAUCCCUAGCAAACGAUCAAAAAUAGAACAAAAAAUAAGUCAAUCGCAGCCCAUUCAAUAGCCACAGGAACUGAGACCACAAAGUCGUCAAUACCAUCAAACGUUAAAGGGUGAGAGUGAGAGGGAGAAGGGUAGCGAAGACAUCCAGCAACUUCAAAAGCCUUGUGAUUUACCAUAAAAAUGGAUAAUAGUCGAGAGCUGCUGCUUUUGCUUUUGUGUUUGGGGCUAAUGGGUGGUCGACCUUCCUCCCCCAGCGCAACUCUGGUGUCAGCCAUGUCCAUUGCUAACCAGGACUUGGAGCGUUAUUUCCGCUCGGUCAAUACCACCCAGACAUUGGCAGCCGAGGAGCGCAUCACAGCGGACAUCUACACCUAUGCCUUCCUCAACUUUAGCUAUGUGGAGAAUCACGAGUUGCAAGUCAUCAAUUUCAACGAGGAGAAGGCCCGCUAUGGCGAGGGCAAAAUAUUCAAUGUCCAUGGCAAGCUGGUGCACAUCAGUGAUGCCGAGGACAUCAAAGACGACACUGCCUGCUCGGGCAAUAUCCUGGGCACCAAUGGCCAGCCCACACCUGCCGAAGGCAUCACCUGGAUAGCUUUGGUCCGUCGCGGCCGUUGCACCUUCGAGGAGAAGGUCAACAAUGUCUACAAGAAGAGGGCCUCGGGCAUCAUCAUUUACAAUGACAAGCAGGUGAUGAGCCUGGAGAAAAUGCAAAUCAAAGGCAAAACACGCAAUAUAACGGCGGUGAUAACUUAUCAAGACAUUGGCGAAGAUAUUGCCAUGAGAUUGGAUGACGGUGUCGAUGUGACCGCCCAUAUUAUUGAGGGCCGCAGCGGCAUGAGACCCAUAAACAGUCUAAACAGAACCUCAGUGCUGUUUGUGGCCAUAUCCUUUAUCAUACUAAUGGUGAUAUCACUAGUCUGGCUAAUAUUCUACUACAUACAGAAAUUCAGAUAUAUGCAGUCCAAAGAUCAACAGUCGCGUCAGCUGUGCUCAGUUACUAAAAAGGCCAUUAUGAAGAUACCCACCAAGACGGGCAAGAGUACAGAUGAGAAGGAUGCAGAAUCAGACUGUUGUGCCAUAUGUAUUGAGACCUAUAAGGCCUCCGAUCUGAUACGAGUGCUGCCAUGCAAGCAUGAGUUCCACAAAAAUUGCAUAGAUCCCUGGCUGAUUGAGCAUCGCACAUGCCCCAUGUGCAAAUUGGAUGUGCUAAAGUUCUAUGGUUAUGUGUUUCUGGGCAGUGAAGAAAGCAUUCUGGAGUACGAACCGGAUGUUGUAGGGACAGCAACUAAUACCAAUGCUGGCAACAGCUCCAAUCACAGGCAAAGUGGAGCCUUAGCUGAUCUAAUCAGAAGUCGUGAUUUUGUUAUAGAUUUUCCAAGGAUUUUCGUUUUAGAGGCUGGCACCAGCACAGGACGCAGAGAUUCAUUGUUAAUAGAUUUGCCCGAGAGAUCGCAAUCAUCGAUGGCAUUUCCCCAGGCCAAGGACUGGAUGUAUUCGGUGGCAAAUAAGCUGGAGGAGCAGCAUGGUUUAAGGAGACCAAGAAAAUCCAGUCAACGAACAGAAAUGCAAGAGAAUCUGUUAAUGGUGCGCUGUGACGCAGUGAAAAAGCGACGUUCUCGUUCCGCAGAUGGACGUUAUUUUUUGAGGGCCCGCGAUAGUGACAAAGACAUCAAUAGCGGCGAUGACGAGGGAGCCUGCGGAGGCUGUGACAUACCACCCAUGGAGCUACUUACUCGUCGCAACAGCAAUUCAUCCACCCACCUGACACCCUGCCAUCCUCCACCACAAGCCUUGAAAUUUGAUUAUCUAAACAGACGUCUAAAAUCCAAGCCACCACGCAGCGAUGGCACCGACAAUCCAAUGGAUAUAAGCCAGGCGUCCACGCAGCAGCCACAACAGGGCCAACAGGAGUUGGCCGCCAAACCCAUACCCAGCAUUAACAUUAAAAUACAAAUAAAUGAUGAAAGUGACAACAUUGAGUUGCCUUAAAACUCAACUGACAGCCUAGCAAAAUAAGCAUCUAGUGUUGAAAAAGGAAACUUUGCAGACUUUAAACAGCAUUUUUAGUAAAAAAAACAUUCCUUUAUUUAAGAUGGCAAAAAGGAUGCUUUAAUCUACCACUGAAAGUCUUUAUCAAUGUUGACGUUCUCAUAUUUCUUUAAGAUUCAAAAUUCUCAACACUAGACCUGUUUUUCUUUAAAUGGCAGCCUUUGGGCUUAAUGGCAACGAACUUGAUUAGAAAGACAUUUUCUUGCUACAGAAUAAAUAAUUGAUUAGAUAGAAGAUAUACAUGCAACAUACAUAUACACACACUACUAUACUUAGUUCAACAAAGUUAUGUGACUUGUCUGUAUGAGUUGUCCAUGUAAUUGGCAAUAAGCUUAAAGUAAAAUAAAUUAAAAUUGUGUUGUAGUUUUGGUUAGACAAAUUUUUCAUUAAAAAAAACACAAACAUAAAAUGUUUAGAAACACCUUAA